AUGGAUGGCGGCAGACAACCCCAACUAGCGACUGAGGAGGCAGCAUAUGAGAAGGACCAGGGCGGAGGCAAGCAGGGAGAGACCGCACACGUGAAGACGAGCAGUGGGACAGGCAGCGGCGAGGUAGCGGGGACGUUAGGGGCAAACAAAGUAGCGAGCCAGGGAGAGGCAGCUGGCGCGGCCGCGAUGAGCGGAGAAGCAGCCCUGAGCGCCGCCGGUAAACUGGCGGUACUGGAGGAGAUGCACGUAUCUGCAGCAGGUGAACAUCAGAGAAUGGGAAGAAGGACGUGUGAAUGUUGCAAGGUAACACAGCGAAAGACUGAGCAACCGUUAGAGCUAACUCCAACCCCCGAAUUCAUCUUUGAAAAAUGCGACAUUGGUUACCCAAUUUUGAAUCAGUUUCGUAGCUGUGCAGAUCUGAUCAUCAGCUGCGCGGCGUGCAGGAAGAAACCCGCGACCUGUGUCGGCCACAAUGAGUGUGCGUGGCGCGUGGCGGACGCGCGGGUCAGCCGCCGUGACCGCGGGGCAGCAGCCGGUGGCGUCAGCGGGGCUACGGCGAAACCCAGCCGCGUCCAGGGUUAUCUCUGCGGCGGUUCGCGGAAAGGGGGAGAGGGAGGGGGAGGGCCCGACCAGCUCCGUACCGACACCGCACACGCCACGCUGCUACGGCGCGGGACGCGGCUGGUUGUUCAAGAGUCUGCAAAGUGUCGAAGAUAUUUUGAGGUAAAAGUUCCGUACGUGGCCGGCAGAUACCUUUGUCCAUCCACCAUGUCCUGCAGAUGCACUGCUUGGCUCCUCUCCAUCUCUGUGGCAGUAGCCGUAGCUACCCACUGCAGUUACCACGAGUCCACUACAGGAUCGUCCGCAGUGGAGGCGGUACCGGAGGCCGAGGAGGGCGAGGAGGCGGCGGCGGAUCUGUCGGGCCUGCUUGACGCCGGCCCCGGCGCCGUCGUGACGCUGGAGGCGGGCGGCGUGCGGCUGGCGGCGCACCGCGCCCUGCUGGCCGCCAGGAGCCCCGCGCUCGCCGCAGAGCUCCAGCAGGCCGAGGGCGUUGGGGGCCGGCUCAGGCUGCAGGGCGUCGACGGCGCCGUGCUGCGCCACCUGCUGGCCUACCUGUACACGCUGCGGCCGCCCCAGCUGCCGGAGAUGGCGGCGCAGCUGCUGGCCGCCGCAGACAGGUUCGGCCUGGCUGCCCUGAAGGCGGCGUGCGGCCGGGAGCUGGAGGCGCAGCUCUCCGUGGAGAACGCGGCGGCCACGGCGGUGCUGGCCGCGCGGCACUCCAGCGCCGGCCUCCAGCGCGCCGCCGCCGCCUUCAUAGCGGCGCACGCCGGCAGAGUCAGGGCCACCAGGGGCUGGGCGGAGGCGCUGCGCAGCGAGCCCGCAGCUCUGGCCGAGGUCCUCUCGCAGAUGCACGACCCGCCGGCAGAGACCGCGUACCUUCCUGGAGAGGACAAGGGCUGGAGGCUGAUCGAUGCGGCUGAGAGGGGGGAAACAGAAGAGUUGCAGAAACUGCUGGCCUCUGGAGCCGACGUGGGGGCGAGGAACUGGCUUGGGAUGACUGCCCUGCACUGGGCGGCGCUCAGGGGGGACUUGGAGGCAGCGAGGAGCCUUGUGGAGUGUGGUGCAGACGUGGACGUCUUGACCACACUGCUGCAGGUCACACCUCUGCAUAUGGCUUCACUACGGGGCUUCACGGAAAUGGUGCAGCUGCUACUGGCGUCCUCUGCGGACCCCAAACUCAGGGCUGAGGGUGGAGUGACGCCACUGCAUCUGGCGGCACUAAGUGGGCAAACAGAGGUAGUGACUGCGCUGUUGGAUGCCGGUGCAGAAGUGGAUGCCAGAACCAAGACCACCUGGCUGCAGCUGUCACCUCUGCACUUGGCCUCAACCGUGGGCAACACUGCUGUGGUGCAGCUGCUGGUGGCGUCGUCCGCCGACCCCAACGCCAGGGCUCGGCGUGGCGUGACGCCGCUGCAUCUGGCGGCAGUCAGUGGCCGCCCGGAGGCGGCAGCUGCGCUGCUGGAGGCGGGGGCCGACAGGUGGGCCACGACUCACGAUGGGAGGACUCCACUGGACUUUGCUAAGGAGCACGGUGAACGUAACAUGAAGAGCUUGCUCAGCGCGCCACCAGCUGGAGGCGGCGCGAACGCCGCCCCCGCCGCCACCGCCGCCCCCGCCGCCGCCCGCUCACACUACGGAGACGGCAGCCCGAGUGAGGUCACCGCUGCGCCACCGACAGCGCCUCCCUGCUUCUACGAUGACGUGCCUUACUCCGUGAAGAGUUUGUGGUGCCUUUCUGGAGAGGGGAAGCGCUGGAGAUUGAUCAAUGCAGCUAAGAAGGGGUAUGUGAAGGAGAUUCAGAGGUUGCUGGAGAUCGGAGCAGACGUGGGGGCGAGGGACUGGCUCGGUAUAACUGCCCUUCACUUUGCAGCAUACGGGGGGCACGUGGAGGCGGUGAAGUAUCUAGUGGAGAGCGGUGCGCAAGUGGACACCUUGACCACCUUUCUGCAGAUCACGCCUCUGCACAUGGCUUCAUUAUCGGGCCACCCAGCUGUGGUGAGGGCGCUGUUGGCAUCCUCCGCCGAUCCCAGGGCCAUGGCUGAGGGCGGAGUGACGCCACUGCAUUUGGCGGCGGGCAGCAACGACACAGAGGCAGUGACCGCGCUGGUGGAGAGCGGCGUGGAGGUUGACGCUAGGACCAGGAACACCUGGCUGCAGGUGACGCCUCUGCACUUGGCUUCGUUAAAGGGCAGUGCGGCUGUGGUGCGGCUUCUGGUGGCGUCGUCUGCCAAUCCCAACGUAAGGGCUGAGGGUGGACUGACUCCGCUGCAUCUGGCGGCGCUAGGCGGGCAGCGAGACGCGGCAGCUGCGCUCCUGGAGGCGGGGGCCAGCCGGAGGGCGAGGACCGAUGACGGGAGGACCCCGCUGGACUUCGUCGGGAAGGACGCUGGGCAGGACCUGACUGACAUACUAAGGGGCCACGAGUAAGGCUGGAGGCUGAUCGAGGCGACAAACAAACAGGUUGUGAAGGGACUGGGGAUGCUGCUGGCAGCUGGAGCCGCCGAGGGGCGCCGUCCUGAGGAGGGGGAACCAGUCUUGUCUGCACUGGGAAGAAGUGCGGGACUUGCGGAGGUGGCGAGGUGCCCGCUGCUAGUGCAGGGACAUGCGUGGGGACUGGGAAGGCUGUCAGGAGACGCCUCUGGCUGUUGCCACGUGGCCUUGUUGUGGCUUCAGGCCGCCUCCCCUGCCAGCACUGACACCAGGGAGAGCACUGGGUGGGCGCUGUUGCGUUCUGUGGUAUUCAGUGGUCGUGCAGUGGUGGCAGCCGGACUGUGUGAGGUAGGGCCAACAGGGCGUCAGGUAUUAGGAUGGGAGAACCCACUGGACAUCGUUGAGGAAUGGAAAUACCAGCACCUGAUAUUCAGUUAAGAUGAAGCCUACAGUCCUACAAGUCUGUGGAGUAACAUAAAGGAAGCAUUUUAACUCAAAUUAUCGUUAUUCUUAAAAUAGAUAAAGUAAGUUAUUCCUGCUGUCAUUCUUUGUACCCCUAUUUAUGUAGUGUGUAUAUCUACUACAGUGACACCAAAACAGUAUCUGUAAAGGGAAACAUAUAAUGUGAA